AUGAAGGGAAUGAUUCGUGCUACUGAUGAUUGGUGGGACCGAAAGUUGAAGGAAUUACCCAAAGCUAAAAAAUUUCAAGAGAAAGGUCUACAGAAUCUAGAACAACUUGAUAUAAUGUUUAGGGAUGUUGCAGCAACUGGAGUAGCUGCAUGGACCCCUUCUUCAAAUACACUCCCUCCAACAAUGCCACAAGAGGGUGCUGGUGAUUCAGAUGGUAGUUCCGAAUUUAAGGAUGAUCAAUGUGACAUGAGUUUAGACAUUGAUAGUUUGCAGCAAGGACACACUAGUCAAUCACGUAGUUUAGGACAAAAGCGAACUAGUGAAUCAAUACCCUCACAGAAGAAAAAGAAGAAGAUAGAAGGAGCUGCAAUGUUGGACAAUCGUAUUAGUCAAUUAAUAACUGUAUGUCAGAAUAAGUUUGAAGGUACUUCUUGA